AAUCCCCUAAUCCUAGCAGACUUGUUAUAGAUGAGUUAGGGAUGAGUGAUGAAGAGGUGGCUGCAUUUAAAAAGAAGAUUGGUGGGAAACGGGGUAAGAAAAGGAAGGAAGAAUUUGAAGAUAUUUUCUCUGAUUAUGAAUCAGAAUCGGAUCAGCAAGGUAGCCCUGUUUAUGCUGAGUCAGGGGAGAGUAGUUCUGAUGACAGUGAAGGCAAUGGUGAUGGUGAUGUUGUUCAUGCUUCCGGUGAUGCAAAUGAACUUGGAGAGGGAGGCUCGACAACUCAGGAAGGAGCUGGUAAGGAUAAGGGAAUCCCUCUCCGUCCGAGCUCGAAAAGGACGAAGAAACGUUCUAUCAAGACCUUGUACUGAAGCCUGAAAGUCAGAUUCGAGGGUCCAUGCAAAAUGAAUUGCUAUUUGCCUGGGUUUCAGCUUGUCUUUUCGUGUGCUUCUAAUAUUUAGGACCAUAGACUAUUCUAUGUAGUAAUUGUUGGUACUUGGAAUUGGAACUGUGGAUGGAGACUGUAAUAUUUGGGAUUGACCAUCUUCGUGUGCAAUAUUUGAAACUCCAUGUUGAACA